GUAGAAGCAAUCAGAAUUGACAAAAACAAUAGCUUCAAACUCCUCCCUCAGACCUUUAGGAUCACCUUCACGUACAUCAUCCUUGUUUUUUUUUUCUAAAGCAGAGAUGUGAUAUCAAUAUGAGAUCAUCACCAAAGUGUGUAGUAGAUGCAAUAGCGGCCCUCUCACUGGACCAAAAGAAUAAGAUCAAAGAGUUGGGCUUUGGGGAGCUUCUAAAGUUUAGUUUAGAUGGCUUUGGAGACCGCUACAUGCUAGAAUUCCUCAUGGACCACACAGACCCAGAAAAUAUGGAAAUUCGAGUGGGGGGAGGAGAUAAGAACCUGCCCAUCAAUGAACACGUAGUACAAUGCGUUCUUGGCGUGCCAACUGGAAAGGGAAGAGACACACCAGAUUCCCCCUACAUGGAAUCUGAACUUAACAAUCUGAGAACAGAGCUUGGUGUCAAAACUGACAAAAUUAAAAGCUCUGACCUCAUAGCCAAGAUCAAUGGUGGUGGCACAGACUAUUUGACCAUCCGUUGCUUUUUUAUUCUGUUGUGCUACAAACUUCUGCUCCCUGGUUCACAAAACCAUGUUACCGAGCGGGAGGUUGCCCUGACCAAAUCACCCAAGGACAUUGCGGAGGUGAACUGGGCAAAGGCUGUUGUCGAUAACCUCCGUUUGGCAGCCCGCAAGUGGCACUCCAAUAAGUUGGCAGUUUCAAAGAAGAAAAGGACACUCUCUGGUUCUGUGACAUUCUUACUGUUGUACUAUCUAGACCAUCUACGGAGUCCUCACAGUAUACCUUGCAUUAUCACCCCGAGGACUUCCGUCUACACCACGGAUAUUAUCAAAAAAAUCAUAAAAGCAGACAAGAGGAGUCGCAGUGGUCACAUUUAUGGCCUCCUAGAUUUCAGGAGCAUGGUGGGUACAUGCUAUUCAAUGGGUAGUAGGCAACUUGUUCCGAACAUCAGAAUUGAAUCGUUGCAUUCCAAUUUUUUUCAAGAUUUAAGCCCACGAAAGAGGGAAAUUGCCACAUCAUAUUUCAACACAAUUGACAAUUUGAUGGGACAAAUUUUGAAGGAGAGGAAUCAGUUUAUGAUCUCCAUGGGCGUGCAAGAUGCCCAGAACAGCAGCAGAGCAGCUGAUCCUCAGGGCGGUGACCCAGGAAUCCAAGAUGAUCCCCGGAACGAGCAUUUUGAAGCUUAUCAUGAGGUUGCUGCUGAUCAACAGAUUAGAAUUGUUGAUGGUUCUCUUACUGCUCUUGCUGCUGCUGCUGCUGCUGAAGAUGGUGGCGGCGGCUCUCUUCCUCCUCCUCCUGCUAGCCUGAAACAUGCACGGAAAAGGACAGUGAGGAAAGAAACAGGCAAAAUGACAUUGAAUGCUUCUAAAGGUGAUAAAGAUGAAGACAAAAAUCCUGGUUUAAGGCGUUCAAAAAGGAGAAUGAAUCAUCCCACGCCUUCUAAUUACUGAUGAUAUUCUUUGCCACAUGUUCUAUAGAACGGCCUUGUUGUUGUAAUAUUAACAUUUUAAUUUUUAGACGUUGUUGUCAUUGUUCUUAGAACAGCGCCACAUGUUCUAUAGAACGGCCUUGUUGUUGUAAUAUUAACAUUUUAAUUUUUAGAUGAUGUUGUCAUUGUUCUUAGAACAGCGCCACAUGUUCUAUAGAACUGCCUUGUUGUAAUAUUAACAUUUUAAUUUUUAGACGUUGUCGUCAUUGUUCUUAGAACAGUUGAACAUGCCAAACUAACAUGGUGGAGUACUAUUUUUGG